AGAGGGUUUCGACCGAUGAGAGAGAGAGAGGGAGGGAUAAAGAGAGAGAGAUGGAUUCGAAAAUCUACAAAAUAUUACAGACGAGGGACGUGACUUCCCUGCGAAACGAAAAUGAACUCAUUUUUGAUAGGUUUUUGCCUGAUUUUGUAUCACAGAUCACUCCUUUGCACAUUGCAAUUCAACGUGGGAGCGUCGAAUUUGCCAGAGAAAUCCUACGUCGGAAGCCCCAGCUCGCCUACGUAUUGAGCGCCCAAGGAUUCUCACCUCUGCGCAUGGCAUCGGCAAACGGGUCUGCCGAUAUCGUAAGUGAGCUCUUGCCGUUAAUCGUUGAUGUUUCACAUGAUCGAGAUUCAAAAGGGUGGACUCCUGUCCAUGCAGCAGCGAUGAAAGGUCAUAUCAAUGUCUUGAAGGUGUUCAAGGGAAUCAAAGCCGAGUGGAUCCGAGACAUGACGGAUCGAGAUGAGACGGUCCUACACCUUUAUGUGAAAUAUAAUAAUAAGGAUGAUGAACUGAAGGAAUGGUUGGCUUUGGACGAUGACAAAGAGCUUGUGAAUCGAAAGGAUGCGAAUGGAAACACCAUUCUUCAUCUCGCUGCAAUGAAGAAGGAUAUUCCGAUGAUAACGUACUUGAGCACUGAGAGUACUGGAGUGGAGAUAAACGCCAUGAACAUGAAUGGUCUCACAGCCUUGGAUGUCUUCGCACCUUGUUCUAGUAAUUCAGCAGACAAAGACAUGGUGAAGGAACUCCGAAAGAAGGGAGCUGAAAGAUCCUGGGAAAUGUCCACAGAAAAAUCAGAUAACCAAUUAAAGAAUGUAUUGAUAUUGGUGGGCACACUAACUGCAACCCUAUCCUUCCAAGCAGCCCUCGUCCCACCAGGCGGUCUUUGGCAAGAUGAUUUGAAUAUGGGUUUCAACAACACCUUAAAUAACAAAAAUUCUCAUACCGCCGGCACAUCCAUUUUGGCUGAUAAGGAGCCUAAGCAGUUCCAUACAUUCCAGUCAUUCAACCUUUUGGUGUUUUUCAUGUCCUUGUUCCUAAUCUUAAUAGGCGUGUCGCCGGUAAAACCUGUAUAUCGUGAGAAAAUAGUUUCUCCUAUGCUGCAGAUUCUACUGUUAGCACUCGCUUUCGUGUCAGUGAUGAUUUAUCUUUGCAACAACGUUCACACACCUAAAGGACUUCCACUAGGCUGGGAACUGAAUGCGUCGAAUUUAAUAUUCUUUGCUUGCUCUUUAUUUAUCUGUUUCUCAGUCUCCAUUUUCUAUUUGAUGACUAAAUGUUAUUGGCUGAGGCGACCGACAGUAGCAAGAAACAGGGGCAGCAAUGGUGAGCCAGCGACUCAGCAACAUUCUUGAAUCAUGUCAUUUCCAUCCAUCGUAUUCUUGCCAUAAUGUAUGUUAUUAGAGUACAUGAUACCUAUCGUGGGUAGUUAUUUAGAUGGAUUCAUGUGCAUCUGUUAUAAUUUCUAGUGUCUCACAUCUUCUGUAUAUUUCUUUUAUUGUCAAUGAAAUAAACAAGUUAUAGUUUUCACAAUGUAGUCUCUUAUGAUAUAACAUAUUAUUUAAGUAUUAUAGUAUUUUAUGAUCUUUUGUGUUGGGCUUU